GACCACCGCCGAAGCUAUUGUGAUUUUCUUGAGCCGUGUUCAGCACUUUUUCAAUCUCUCUCUUGUCUCUCUCUGUGUUGUGAUUUCUGUGGUUUUGGUGUGUUUGCAAUGACGACGGCAAUGGGUCCUCCUCCUCCUCCGCCUCCUACAAGUCCUAAACCUCCCACGGACCCUCCACCCCAAACCCUAGACCAGCCUUCCUCUUCUUCUUCUUCUUCAGAUAUGACAGAGAAGACUCUCAUGGGUCCUCCUUCUCCUCCUCCUCCUCUUCCUCCUCCAGAAGCAGGCCCAUCACAGCCCGAAAGCACCGCUCCGGAGGAGCAACUCCAAUCGAGCUCCACCACCGACUCCGAUGUGGUUGCCGAGCCUGCUGAACGUACUAGUGCCGAGCAGGUCUCUCGUCCCCACAACAUCGCGGUUCCGUACACCAAACCCCCUUGGAGUGGACCACCUAUCCACAAGUUCUCUCUGGAGGUUCUCAAGGAUGGCUCUAUCAUUGAUCAAUUUGAUGUAUAUGAGAAAGGGGCUUACAUGUUUGGUCGUGUGGAUCUCUGUGACUUUGUGCUCGACCAUCCUACCAUUUCUCGCUUCCAUGCUGUUCUUCAGUUCAAAAGAAGUGGAGAUGCUUAUAUUUAUGAUCUCAGCAGUACUCACGGUACUUUCAUUAACAAGAAUCAGGUGGAUAAAAAGGUCUAUGUGGACUUACAUGUUGGUGAUGUCAUUCGCUUUGGACAUUCAUCUCGUUUAUACAUUUUCCAAGGACCAACUGAGUUGAUGCCAUCGGAAACUGACUUGAAGGCUAUAAGAAAAGCUAAGAUGUACGAAGAGAAUCUGGAUCGGGAAGCUUCCCUUCGCCGCGCAAGGAUGGAAGCAUCUCUUGCUGAUGGUAUCUCAUGGGGCAUGGGAGAGGAUGCUAUUGAAGAAGCUGAGGAUGAUGUGGAUGAAAUAACUUGGCAAACCUACAAAGGACAACUAACAGAGAAGCAGGAAAAAACCCGUGAAAAAGUAAUUAAAAGAAUGGAAAAGGCAACUCAUAUGAAGAAAGAAAUAGACGCUAUUCGUGCUAAAGACAUAUCUCAAGGUGGCUUGACACAAGGGCAACAAACCCAGAUUGCUCGAAAUGAACAAAGAAUGACACAGAUCAUGGAAGAACUUGAGAAUUUAGAAGAGACACUAAACGAGAGCAUUCGAGAAAGUCUUGGUGCACGCAUUGGGAAGAUAUCUCAUGGUAAGAAGAAAGGAGCAACUGAAGAUGAUGAUGAAUUUUUGAGUGAUGAUGAUGAUUUUUAUGACCGGACUAAGAAGAAAUCUUCUGGUAAAAAGGCUGGUGAGAACCAAUCAAUUGAAACUGCUGAUACCCUUAUUGAUAAGAGAGAUGCCAUCAAAAGAGAAAUUGGAGACAAGAAAGAGUUGCUUUUGAAGGAGAAGAACAAAAUUACAUCUGAAACUACAGAGGAAGCUGUAGGGGGUGAUGCACUUGAUGCUUAUAUGUCAGGGCUUUCAUCUCAGCUAGUGCUUGAUAAAACUCAGCAACUCGAGAAGGAUAUAUCAGCUCUCCAGUCUGAACUGGAUAGGAUACUCUACCUUUUGAAGAUUGCUGACCCAACGGGUGAAGCUGCUAAGAAAAGAAAUUUGAAGACAACUGAUCAAGUAGGUGAAGCCACACAGAAAAGGGAUUUGAAAGAAAAAGAGCCAAAAUCUAACAGAUCUGUAAUUCCCAGUGUCAUCAAGAAGCAACCUUCGGUAGAAGCAAAGGAUAACAAUGGGACUGGAAAACCAGAAAAUGGAUUCAUGCAGAAAGAGGGAUCUACAGAUGAAACUGCAAAAUUAAGUAAGAAUCCAGAAGCUGGUGAGGUCAUACUUGAUACAACCGAGGGCAAAACUGCUGUAUAUACUGUUGCAAAGCCACAAUGGCUUGGGGCUGUACAUGACAGGGUAGCAGAGGAGAGUAAUCCACAACCAGCGCCUUCACAUGUGCAUGACGCUGAUGAAUUUGUUGACUAUAAAGACAGGAAAAAGGUUUUGGAUGAUGGCAAUGAUGCAGAUACUAAAAUGGAAUCUGGGCUUGAAAAUGCUGCCCCAGGUUUGAUUGUCAGGAAGCGGAAACAAGUUCAUGAAUUUGAAGGUAAGAGCAAUGAUGCUAAACCACAGAUGACAUCUUCCCCUUCUGCAGCUGAGUUAAUGGCAGAGGAUGCUGUAUCUCUGCUUCUAAAACACAAAAAGGGGUAUCAUGGGAUGGAUGAAGAAAAUAUAACAGAAACCCUUGAUGAGGGACAUCAAACGAGGAAGGAUAAGAAGCCUAAACGAGUACUUGGUCCAGAGAAACCUUCUUUUCUUGUUGAUAGUAAUUCAGAUUAUGAAACAUGGGUACCUCCUGAAGGACAAUCUGGUGAUGGACGAACGGCCUUGAAUGAUCGCUAUGGCUAUUAAUCCCAAAUUCAUGUGGCAAGGAAGAAGUGACAAACCCAUAAAUUGAAGUUGGAGACCAAAUUGUUUUCAAUGAUUCAUGUAUUAAUAUACAUAAGCUUAGUAAGAGCUAAUGUACAAUUUUGUAUAUACCUGAAUUUGGAAGAAGAGAAAAGGUGUAUUCUUUGACCAUUUGUAGGGAGUGGCGUCUUAUUUUAUUUUUAUUUUUAUAUAAACCUGAACUGACUUUUUCCUCA